CUGAAUUUGCGAAGAGCCACAAACAAGAAGACGAACAUCUCUUCUCUCUCUCCACCCCAACCCUUCGUUCAUGGACGAAUUUUGGAGAAUCCGAGGCUACUAAAUCAAUCAAUUCAGAGUAGAAGGAAAUGAAUCGAAGAUCUGGAGGAGGGAGCUGCAUUGCUAUCCGUACAGUUCCUUCCAUUUCGUCUAGAUUCUAUCACGUCUCUGCUUCUUUUUCGGAUCCCACAACUUGUGGUGCUCCUACGUGGAUGAGGAAGGGCCUUCCUUGUGUGUGUUUUAAGGGAAAGGGAAAUUAUGCACGGAUUUGCAUGAAUGUGACUCCUCUUCAGGAGGAGAGACUAGGAAGACUGAAAAACCGGACGAAAAUUUAUUUUGAUGCUAAUCGGAUUGAACAUCAGGAGGCUUUGAGGGCAUUAUGGUCAUCUACAUUCCCUGGUCAAGAGCUACAUGGCUUGAUAUCGGAUCAAUGGAAACAAAUGGGAUGGCAGGGAAAAGACCCAUCAACAGAUUUCAGGGGAGCUGGAUUCAUCUCCUUGGAGAACCUACUCUUUUUUGCAAAGACAUUCUCCAUAUCUUUUCAACAACUAUUAAGAAAACAAGGUGCUAGGGGAGCGGCGUGGGAAUAUCCAUUUGCUGUAGCUGGUGUAAAUAUUACAUUUAUGCUCAUGAAACUGCUUGAUCUAGAUGCUACAAAACCCAGGACACUUGUGAGCGCUGUUUUCGUACAUAUGUUGUCAGAAAACGAGUGGGCUUUUGAUCUGCUUUAUUGUGUCGCAUUUGUCAUUAUGGACAAAAAAUGGAAAGAGAAAAAUGCAAGCUACAUGGAGUUUAACGAUGUACUGAAAUCGACUCGGAUGCAGCUGGAGAAAGAGCUUCUAUUGGAUGACGUUCUAAGGAUCGAAGAUAUGCCAUCUUUUCGUCUUCUUUAUUAGCAUCAGCCAUGUAAAGCAAGAACCAAGUGACUUUAAUUAGAGUAAACCACAUACAAUUGAUUCCUGAUAGCAAUUUUUAUAUCAGGAUCACAUCACAAUGUGAUAAUAGGGCCUACAAUAUACCAGUUUAUAUAAGCUGAUGAUUAGUUGAAACGAAUUGCAUCAAUCGCU